CUCUUGAAAAAUCAAGAAUGAAGCUUCAGCUUGUGGGAGCCUUUCUGCUCCUGACCAUUGCGUGCGCGUCCGCGGACCUCUACAUGCACAACCCGCGUGGUAGCAACAACCGCCUCGAUGAGGACAACCGGAACCGCAACGACGCGAACCGUCUGUUCGACUCGCAGAACAACAACAAGGGUGGGUACAACAUGAACCAGAUGGAGUACUACGGUGGCUCCGAGCUCCAGGUGGAGUGGACCAACCAGCACUCGUGCGGCGACGCCGCGGCCGAGUGCCAGAUCAUCAUGCAGUACAUGUGUGAGGACAACAACGGCGGCAUUGGCAUCCGUAACGGGCAGCAGCAGACCCGGAUCCCGGAGAACAAGGACAAGGACCACAAGUACGGUCGCCACGAGUCGGCGUCGUACUGGGCGGACUGCAAGGCCCGCCAGCGCAACCUUGGCCUCUUCCUCGCCGACCAGAACAUCCCCGAGGAUGCGACUGCGAUGCGGACUCGCCAGAACAACGACGAGAACGCCAACAACCGCCGCCGUGGCUACGAGUGCCCGGAGGAGCGCGACUACUACCCGUACUGGCAUCCGUCGCCGUGGAAGGAUGUCGCGAUCUUCACCUCGCGCUCGGACGAGCUCUGCCCGAUGUACCGCGCCGAGUCGCAGAACGUCAAGGGCAAGCACUACUGCACCGGUCUUCGCGAGGAGACGCCCGGCAACCCGAUCACCUCGGGCUCGGCGAUCAACAACCAGGCUGAGUGCGAGGCUAUUGCCGAGUUUGAGUGGGUUGAGGCGCCGGCCUGGGGCCUUCCCGCGCCGGCCUGCUUCCCGGACACCAUGAUCAAGUCGCGGAUCAACCACCUCGGCAACGGCGACGACGGGUGGCAGAACCGCUACGUGUGGCGCCUGCCCGCCGUCUCGCGCGAGCAGGUCUGCGUCUUCCGCAUGCGGUACAACAUCACCACGAUGGACUACGACGGCUGGAACACGUACGCCGACAUGAACGACAACGAGGACAACUACGCGUGGCAGGGCGACCCGACGGUCAACGUCGGCUCCGAUGGCACCGACAUCCUCCUCAAGCUCCGGAUCUCGACGGACCAGAUGGGCCGGACCUUCCAGGACCGCUCGUCGACGUUCAUCGUCAAGCCGUCGCCGGUCGAGGGCCGCAUCAUCAACCUCAACGUCAUGGGCCAGCGCGGCAACAUUGUCCAGAACUACCCGUCGGUUGAGUACGACUACGUGCCGACCAUUGUGCGCGCCACAACCUCGACCUUUAUUCACCGCCAGGUGACCGGCUCGAACACCACGCCCGACGGUGCCGGCAACGGCGCCGACGAGACGGACCGCUCCAACUUUGUUGAGCUUGCCAAGCCCGCCGAGGGCGCGGUCAAGACGUCGGCCGGCAACUACCCGGCGUACGCCGAGAACAUCACCAUGUUCAACCAGCCGAUCAACAACAACGCUGCGUACGACAUGGUCAUCCACUGGUCGACCUACUCGCUCAACAACGACCAGCAGAACGAGGCCAACCCCUACCAGGACCUCGGCCUCAUGCGCUACAGCUCGCCGGCGACCUACGAGUUCAUGGCCACCCGCAACAACGACUUCUCCAACCGCUCCCACAAGGGCCGCAUUGAGGUCAGCAACGACAACAGCGCCUCGCCUUCGCUCGACGCUGGCAAGAUCGCCCUCAUCGCUGGUGCCUCGGUCGGUGGUGUCGUCGUCGUCGGUGGCGGUGCCGCCUACGUCGCCACCCACCGCUCCAUGUUCUCGGGCAUGGGCGGUGGCGCCAAGGCCCCUGCCGGCUACGCCUAAUCGCAGCUUCUUUUGCUCCAACAAUGAAGAAUUUUCACCAA